ACGCCACGCCUCGCUCUGUGCAAACCAUUUCGAAUCUCGACUCCCGAUCUUUUGGUUCGUUACCGAAGCAAGUCGUGCAUUCCCAUCUUUCGCCACCGCACCUCCACCGACUAGCUCCGGCCGUGUCGACUAGACCGCGAAGUCUCAGUCCGCAGCAUCCGUCAUCUGCGUCUCGUAUCGUCUGCAGCAUCUACGGUUCGUUUCCCAUCUCAGCAUUCAUCAUGUCUGCUCCAGCCAGGCACCUCGCGGCUCGGCUGCCGCACCGCGAGCGGCAGGAGAUCGUCAAGUCCAUUCUGCUGCCGGCGUUCUCGCUCUCAUCAUGCUCCCCUUCCCCCUCCUCGCGUCCCGUCACCGGAUCCGUCGAUUUACGGCCCGCAGAGCCGCCAGGUUGCUCAUCCACCGUCGAUCCAGGUCCGCCCCGCCAGUUCAUCGAGCAGAUCUCCGGUUUUUCCGGAGGAUCUGACGCUGCGCGGCCCGUGUGCCAGCCUGCGGGCCGAGAUCCGCCAUAUCCGUCCGCAGUUUCAGGGGCGAGGCAUGGAUCUGGGCCGUUAGGCGCCUCCUUAUUGCACGAUCAGCAGCAACAGCAGCAGCAGCAGCAGCAGCAGCAGCCCGGACUUCAUCAGACCCACUCGCAUCCCCAUGCGCACGUGCUCUCACUCUCCCCCUUCUCGCGCCUCGAAUCUCGCGAUCGCAAUAGCGGCUUGCUGGCUCAGCGCACCUCGUCUGCCGCCUUCCACGCCGCAACCGCCGCCAGCAGCCCCUGGCCACUCCCCAGGCCUGAGAACAGACGCGCUGGCCCCAUAUCUCCGCAGCUGGGGGGGGCGCAAUCCCGCGGCCCCCGCGCGCCCCGCGGACCGUCUGUCGGCGCCAGAAACGCCAGCUCCCCGCGUGCGCCGAUCGCGGCACCAGAUCCGGGGCCGCGGGAGGUGCAUCUGCCGCACGGGCGAAUGACGAUCCGCCAGCUGGCAGUGCGGCUGGGGAAGCGCAUCGAGGAGGUGCGCGCAUGCCUGGCGGCGCUGGGGGAGGAGGACUUCGGAUUCCUAGUCUCUAGGGGGCGGGACCUGCGCGCGGACGAUGGCGCGGGCGCAGCGGAGGCAGAGGGGGCGGAGGCGGAGGGGGAGGCGCGGAAGGCGUGGCCGUGGCGCGCGCCAGUGGUGGCGGUGAUGGGCCACGUGGACCACGGGAAGACGUCCCUGCUGGACGCGCUUCGGAGCACGUCAGUUGCGGAGUCAGAGGCAGGGGGGAUCACUCAGCACAUAGGCGCGUUCAGUGUGCAGAUGACGUCAGGCGCAGCGCUGACCUUCCUGGACACGCCAGGCCACGCGGCGUUUGCGGCGAUGAGGGCGCGGGGCGCAGCAGUGACCGACAUAGUGGUGCUCGUGGUGGCAGCCGACGACGGCGUCAUGCCGCAGACCGUUGAGAGCAUCCAGCACGCCAGGAGCGCCGGCGUGCCUCUGGUGGUGGCGAUAACCAAGUGCGACAAGGAGGGUGCAGACCCCGACCGAGUCACCCAGCAGCUGAUAGCGGAGGGGCUGGAGCUUGAAGAAAUAGGGGGAGACGUGCAAGUGGUGCGCGUGUCCGCACGCACGCGCGCUGGGCUCGACUCCCUAGAAGAGGCCCUGGCUUUACAGGCCGAGUUGAUGGAUCUCAAGGGGAGGCGGAGCGGGGAGGCGGAAGGGGUGGUGAUCGAGGCGAGGAUGGCGCGCGGGCAGGGGCCGCUGGCGAGCGUGAUUGUAAAGGGGGGGAGUCUGAGGAGCGGGAUGUAUGUGGUGGCGGGGAAGUGGUGGGGGCGCGUGCGGAGCAUCAAGGGGUGCCGGGGGGAGAGCUUGAAGGAGGCUGGCCCGUCCACCCCUGUUGAGAUAGAUGGGCUCAAGGGCGUACCUGAGGCGGGCGAUACUCUCAUCCAGGUGGCAUCUGAGGCGCGGGCGCGGCGCAUCAGCGAAGCGCGGCAGGAGGCAGCGGACCGGCAGAGGUUGCAGCUGCAGCAGAGAGCCACAGCCGCAUCCCAGGGGCAGCAGGGCCAGCAGUCAGGGCAGGAAACAGGGCAGGUGCAAGGCCGGGGUACCGCUGCAACCCCCACCUCUACCAACGGAGGUUCAACAGCAGCAGCAGCAGCAGCAGCAGCAGCAGAAGGUGGAGCAGGAGAGGGAGCAGCUGGUGGCGAGGAGGAGCAAGGAGAGGGGGCGGGCCAGCGGGAAGUGGUGCUGGUGCUGAAGGGGGACGUGCAGGGGUCGGUGGAGGCGGUGGGGAGUGCGCUGGAGCACAUGGGGUGCGAGAGGGUGCGUGUGUGCGUGGUGCAUGCGGAGGUGGGCGCCAUCUCCCAGUCGGAUAUUGACAUGGCGGAGGCGACGGGCGCCGCGGCGAUAGUGGGGUUCAACGUGAGACCCAUGGGCGCUGCUGUGGAGGCUGCUGCCAAGCAGGCGGAUAUUCCGAUCCGCCUGCACCGAGUGAUCUACCACCUGCUGGAGGACGUAGGGUCAUUGGUGGUGCAGCGGGCGCCCACUGUGCGCUGCACUGUGGUCACGGGCCAGGCCCAGGUGCUGCAGCUCUUCCCCCUCAAGGGAAAACCCGCCCGCCGCUCCCCCUCCUCCUCCUCCUCCUCGCAGUCUAACUCCAGCAGCAGCAGUAGUAGCAGUGGUGGUGGUGGUGGGGGUGGGAAGAAGGAGGGAGCAGGUGCGACGGACGACAGUGCAGCGGGGAUGAUUGCCGGGUGCAAGGUCACGGAGGGGAGGUUCCAACGGGGGGCGAAGCUGCGAGUCCUGCGGUCUGGAGAGGUGGUAUAUGAGGGGCAGUGUGCGUCGCUGAGGAGGGAGAGGUCAGAUGUGGAUGCUGUGAACGCGGGGGUGGAGUGCGGGGUGGUGGUGCGCGGUUGGGGAGGGUUUCGGGUGGGUGAUGUGUUGCAGGUGAUUGGGGAGAGGGAGGAGGGGCCGAAGCUGGUGUCGAUGCGGGGAGGGGGGAUGAAGAUACAGUACCCGGAGGAGGACCAGGCGUAGAGGAUUUGGGUGGGGGGAGGUUGAAGAUGAUAAGGCUUGUUAUAAGGUCGAGAAGGGUCAAUAUUCAAUAAAAUGUAUUGGUGCAGGGUCAUUGUUAUUGACAAGUGCAAGUUCCCUGGAUCAUGUGGUAAUAACACAUGUAUACGAAA